ACUGUGGUUCUGGAUUCCCGCUGGGCAUCAGAACCGGUGAUGUUUGUGUAUGACAACAACCUGGAUGAGCGGACCAAGAGCAUGGAGGGACUGGUAGGCAGCGGAAACUUCGCAGCGAGUCAGUGCCGCAGCAUCAUGGCGCAUUCUGCGGCUGCAGCUGCUCUCAUGAGCCACCCGUCGGGUCUGGUCCAUUCUACAGCGGGUUACCCUACGGUGGACGGGCCCACUCCAGGUUCCAAUGACACUUCUGCGUUUUUGGGGAAACAAGGUGGACCGUGUCCUGGAACCGCCAUGGCGCACCAAAAUGCACCAGCCCCUAACGCCCUACCAUACAGCUACCUGGGCAAAGGCUAUUAUUCCUGCAAAAUGGGCCGAGGUCCCCUCAAGUCCUGCACCCAGGCGGCUGGAGCCGCGCUCAGCUCUCAGUACAUGGACACUGCGGUGAGUCCGAAUGACUACCCGAAUCACCGAGCCAAGGAGUUCACCUUUUAUCAUGGAUAUGCUAGUCCUUACCAGUCCAUGGCCAGCUAUCUCGACGUGUCGGUGGUCCAAACGCUCGGUACCGGAGACCCCCGCCAUGACGCCCUUCUCCCCAUGGAGAGCUACCAACCGUGGGCUCUGACCAACAGCUGGGGUGGCCAGAUGUGCUGUUCCAAAGAUCAGCAGGCGGGCCACCUUUGGAAGUCCGCGCUGGCAGAUGCCGUGGCGCACCAGCACGACGGCUCGUCCUUCCGCAAAGGCAGGAAGAAGCGCAUCCCGUACACCAAGGUGCAGCUCAAAGAGCUGGAGACAGAAUAUGCGGCCAACAAGUUCAUUACUAAGGACAAGAGGAGGAAGAUCUCAGCUGUGACCGGCCUGUCCGAGCGCCAGAUCACCAUCUGGUUCCAGAACCGGAGAGUGAAGGAGAAGAAGUUCGUGGCUAAAGCGAAAGGCAGCGCGCUGUAGUGCGCAUGCUCCGACUCUCUGGACACUUCAGUGAGACGAUCUUGAGGUUUUUUACCACAACGUAGAGCAGAAUAAAUUGGGACAAUAAAAGAGCCAAAGCGGAGCGCGCAGAGCAACACAUUGUGUUGCGCAGAGCUGUCUGAGUUACCAAGUAAACAGAAAAUAAAAUGUGUGACUCGAUGACUUCAA